AUGCCUCCCAAGAAGGUUACCAGCGCGAAGAAGGCCGCGCCUGCUCCUCACACUUCCUACCGUGGUAUUCGCCAGGCUAUCAAGAAGUAUGUUCAGUCGAACAACAAGCUCAACGUCUCUUCUCAGAGCACCUUUGAUGUCCAGUUCAACAAGGCCAUCAAGUCUGGUGUUGAGAAGGAGUUGUUCACUCAGCCCAAGGGCCCAUCUGGACCCUUGAAGCUUUUCAAGAAAGAGGCUCCUGUAAAGGCCGCCGAGAAGCCUGCUACCAAGUCCGCUAAGCCAGCCGCUAAGGCCGCUUCCAAGCCUGCUGCCGCUAAGAAGGCCGCCCCCAAGAAGGCUGUUGCAAAGACCACAGCGAAGACCACCGCGGCCAAGAAGGCAGCUCCAGCUUCCAAGAAGCCUGUCGGUAGGCCUCCUGGUAAGACUGCCGGCAAGCCCAAGGCCAACUCUGGCAAGGUCCGCAAGACCAGCACUGCUGCCCCUGCCAUCGUUGAGCAGCCCAAGGUUCUGAGCACGACCAAGUCUGGUCGCGUCAUCAAGACUACUGCUCCGCCACCCAAGGUAGCCCGGGCAGCCCCCAAGAAGCGCACCACCAAGAAAUAG